AUGGAUACCUUUCUGGAUGAAAUUCCCGGUUCCAUGAACAAAUUCAUAUUUGAUCAAGGAUCUGUCUCGGCCUAUUCGAAUCAGAAUAUUGUUACUGAGUUUGAAGCCGAUCAUGAUUUCACAGAUCCCAGUUUCUUUCUAGUCAAUCCAGACCCUUCUAGUGAUUUCUCCUCAUUGUCGGGCUUCAGCUCAGAGGUGGAUUCUCCAGACAGUCAAUCCUCCAAUGCUAUUCUCAAGUACAUAAGUGAGAUGCUUAUGGAGGAAGAGUUGGAGAAUAAGCCCUGCAUGCUGCAGGACUGUUUGGCCCUCCAAGCUGCUGAAAAAUCCUUACAUGAUGUCCUGGUUCAAGAGUAUCCCUCUUCAGCCAAUUCACUUCUUACUUCAGUUUACCAAAAUGUUGAGAACCCAGAUGAGGGCAGUAACCACAGCAGUAAUGGCUCUGUUGCUGCUAGCAACUGGGUUGGCUCAGAUUGGAAUUGUGUUCAAGAUGUUUUCCAAUCCUCUCAUAUCCAAAUUUCUGCUACUGAAUCUCCUGCAUAUACCCUUUUAGUUCCAAAUCCUUUACUUUCAAAUGGAAAGGGUGAAAUCAUAGAUGUAGAAAGCAGCUCAUCAUUUCCUAUAGAACCAAGGGAGCUGGCUAAGGAUGUGAGUUUCGAUUCAGUCCAAGAUGGAAGUCGCUCACCAAGUGGAUCAAGGAGCAAGAAAAAUCGUCUGCGGGAAGAUGGCGAUGAUCUUGAUGAAGGGAGGAGCAACAAGCAAUCAGCUGUUUAUGAUGAUGAAUAUGAGCUACCUGAACUGUUUGAUAAGGUACUGCUCUGUCAAGGUGAAAAGCAAGAGUCUCAAUCCUGUUCUCCUCAGGAAUCUGAGCACAAAGAGGGGAGCGGAAAGUUGCAGUUUAACAGGAAGUCAAGAGGAUCCAAAGGCAAAAAAACACGCAAGAAAAAACCGGAUGACAAUACAGGAGGGGUUGAUUUAUGGACACUGCUAACUCAAUGUGCACAAGCUGUUGCGAGCUAUGACAUAAGGACUGCAAAUGAGCAACUCAGGCAGAUAAGGCAGCACUCUUCUCCCUAUGGUGAUGGAACCCAGAGAUUAGCUCAUUACUUAGCCAAUGGCCUUGAACUACGCUUGGCUGCAGGAGUUCCCUUGAACCCAGAGAUGUCAGCUGCUGAUCUCUUGAGAGCUUACCAGACUUACAUUACAGCAUGCCCCUUCCAGAAGAUGUCAAAUUUCUAUGCUAACCGAACAAUUGCAAAACUAGCAGAGAAAGCAACAAGGCUUCACAUCAUUGAUUUUGGCGUUCUCUAUGGAUACCAAUGGCCUUGCUUGAUCCAAGGCCUCUCCAACAGACAUGGUGGACCUCCCACACUUCGCAUUACUGGAAUUGAGUUUCCCCAACCAGGUUUUCGGCCUUCAGAAAGGGUUGAAGCGACAGGGCGACGCCUGGCAAAUUACUGCAAGAGAUUUAAUGUCCCAUUUGAGUAUAAUGUCAUAGCAAAGAAUUGGGAAACUAUUCAGUAUGAGGAUAUCAAAAUUGACAGAGAUGAGUUGAUUGUUGUCAACUGCUUGUACCGGUUGAAGAACCUACCUGAUGAAACAGUGACAGAGAGUCCAAGGGAUACAGUUUUGAAGUUGAUCAGGAGAAUUAACCCAGAUAUAUUUAUCCAUGGUGUAGUCAAUGGGUCCUAUAAUGCACCCUUCUUCGACACACGCUUCCGGGAAGCACUCUUCCAUUUCUCUUCACUGUUCGACAUGUUCGAGGAGACUCUGCCCCGAGAAGAUCAACAGAGGCUACUCUUUGAAAAAGAAGUAUAUGGCAGGGAUGUUAUCAAUGUAAUAGCAUGUGAAGGUUCAAGGAGGUUUGAAAGGCCUGAGACAUACAAGCAGUGGCAGUUUAGAAACAAGAGAGCUGGGUUUAGGCAGUUACCACUGGACCAGGAGAUCUUGAAGAAAGUCAGGAGUAUGGUAACGUCAGAAUACCAUAAAGAUUUCGUUGUUGACGAGGAUGGCAUGUGGGUCUUGCAGGGAUGGAAAGGCAGAAUAAUUCAUGCUAUAUCUUACUGGAAACCUGUUUGA